AUGUGCGAUUGUGACUCAGAUUCAGUUGAUUCCUAUUAUGAGACCGUACUUAAAUUAACCAAAGAAGCCGGAAAGCUAAUAAACGAAAAAAUUAAAAUCAGAAACAAGAAAAGGGAGAUUAAAUCCAGCAACAUAGACCUGGUGACCGAAACUGAUCAAGCAGUCGAAAAAUUGCUAAUCGACGGUCUCUCGAAAGAGUUCACGACUCACAAAUUUAUCGGGGAAGAGACCGUUAGUUCGGGAGGCGCAUUGGAGUUGACAGACGCCCCAACAUGGAUUAUUGAUCCUAUCGACGGAACAUUAAAUUUCGUUCAUUCGUAUCCCCAUUCCUGCGUGUCUAUCGCGCUUUUUAUCAACAAAGUACCAGAAAUAGGUAUAAUUUUCAACCCGAUGUUGAACCAGCUCUUCACAGCCCGAAAAGGCCAAGGGGCUUUUCUAAACGGCGAGCCAAUCCACGUUUCCGAUACAAAAGAAUUAUCCGAAGCUCUGCUCAUGUUGGAAGGCGGGACCAGCCAAGAGCCCGAAAGAAUGAAUGCAGUUUGCGAGAAUGUGAAAAAUUUAUUACCGGUAGUUCACGGUUUAAGAUCCUUGGGCUCGGCUGCAUUAAACAUGGCUAUGGUGGCGGCGGGCGGCUCCGACGCCUACUUCGAGUUCGGAAUCCACAUUUGGGACAUCGCCGCAGGAGAACUGAUAGUAAGAGAAGCCGGAGGUGUCGUCAUCGAUCCGGAUGGCGGCGAUUUAAAGAGAUUUUCAAGGCGAGUACUAUGCGCUAGUACACAGGAAUUGGCGGAAAAACUGGCAAGGAAAUUAGUCCAAGUUUAUCCGGAACCAGAUGCUUAA